AUGGAGGAAGGGCUGAUUUCGGUGGAUCGAUGGAGCGAACCAUCGCAGGCUUAUUUCCUGUCCCACCUACACACGGACCACACCAAAGGCCUGUCCCGCAGAUGGAAAAGGGGCCCACUUUUCUGUUCUUCAAUCACAGCUAAGCUCUUACCCACAAGGUUCCCAGGUUUCAAUCUCUCUCUUCUCAGAGUUCUGGAGAUCGGAACGCCGCAUUCAGUUUCUCUGGUCUCCCCAAAAUCUGGAUUGGAGAUUACUGUUCAAGUCGUGGCCAUUGAUGCUAACCACUGCCCUGGUGCUGUCAUGUACUUGUUUCAUGGCGAAUUCGGAUCCAUGCUAUACACUGGCGACUUUCGUUGGGAAACAACCAGUGAUAGGACACAGAUAGCGAAGGCAAUGCUCCUCAAUGCUCUUGGGGAUGAUAAACUCGGCAUGCUUUACUUAGACAACACUUACUGCAAUCCGUGGUUUUCUUUUCCUCCCCGUGAAGUUGUUGCUCAACAGGUGGUUGAUUUGAUUGCUUCCCAUCCAGAUCAUGAUAUUGUCAUUGGCAUCAAUACCCUUGGGAAGGAAGAUCUUUUGCUCCACAUUUCACGUGCUUUAAAAACAAAGAUCUGGGUAUGGCCAGAACGUCUGCAAACCAUGCACAUCCUCAGCUAUGGUGACAUCUUCACCACAAAUACUAGCAUUACAAGAGUUAGAGCUGUUCCCCGCGAGAGCCUUACCAUCGAUAACCUUAAAGCACUGAACACAGUACGUCCCACCAUCGGAAUCAUGCCCUCUGGUCUUCCAUGGGUGAGACCUGCAAAUGAAAAGGAUGCUUCUCAUGGGGCUUCUCAUUCUAAUCGUCAUAAAAGAAAAAUGACCAUUGGUGGAAGUUCAGUUGAUUCAAGCAAGGUUGGUGAAUCACCGAGCUCGCCCCUGAUGUUAAAUCAUCAUGUCUAUUCAGUUCCAUACUCAGAUCAUUCGUGCUUUACUGAGAUACGUGAAUUUAUCGAGUUCAUCCGGCCUUCCUACAUAAAGGGUAUUGUAUCUUCAUCAACUUGGUACAUCAACCCAUUUCACUACUUUGGGAACCUUUGUGGGGCUCAUAAGCAAAUGGAGGAAUCAUCUAAGAACAUCAGAAGUGACUUGGCUGAAAAUGUUGAGAUCAUACAAACUGAAUCUUCUGUUGGACAUGACAAGUUCGAUGAGGUGAAGAUAAGCACAAAAGUUGUUCGCCAAGCUGCGCGCAAAAGCAGGGUUAGUGUAGUAAGACGGGAAAGAAAGGGAGUACGGAUCACUCAUAUGGAUGAUAGUUCUAGAACUGAUUUUGAUGUUUGAAUUGCAUUGCUUGAAAAUGUUGAAGAUGACUAUUGCAGGAUGGGUUGCCAUUUCAUGGGCAUUAUCCUCCCAUCAUAUCUGUUUGUAAGUAGAUUGGCACAUCAAUGUUGAUAUAACAGAAUUUCAAGUGCUUCUAACUUUUUCUUGAAAAUUCAGGAUGCAUUGAUCAGUAACAAUGUUCAUAGGUUCUUCAGGUA